AUGAUUAAAGAGUCCACAACUGGAAAACCCUCGUUACUAAUCAUUCCACAAGAAAAUACCUUCAAUAUUCCUUAUGCAGCAUUACGAUUGAAUGGGGACCAUCUUUGCCACCAAGUGACGUUACUCGAGGCAUUCUCUUUACAUUCUUUCAUUCACUCCACCACACGAAUGAAAUCCACCAAAGAGCCCGAGGACAGCGAUCAAAUGGAAGAAUCACUUAUUGUCGGGAACCCAACCAAUGACCUCCCUGAACUGCCACGUGCUCAACAAGAAGCAGAAAUGAUUGCUCGAAUCCUUGGUGUCACCCCACUCAUCGGGCGUUUGGCAACACGUUGCGAAGUAGUAAGUCGCCUUGAGUCAGCAGCAAUAAUUCAUUUUGCUUGCCAUGGUAGUAAUGAUGGACGAAGCUUAUUUUUGGCGCCAGAAAAAGAAUG